AUGGGGGGAAGCAAGAGCCGCCCCGCAGCCACAGCCGGGGGGCCUCGCGUUGUUGCCACGAACUCGCCCAGCGUCGCGCAGGCUGCGGCCUCUUCACUGACUGGAGGCCACGCCUGCUGGACGGUGCCGAGAAAGGACGUCACGGGCAUCGCUAUCGCCUGGGGAGGCGCCUCAUCCCUGGCCACUGCGGACCUCCCUUCGGAGUACAGAGUCUUUGCCCUGGGCGACGGCGCCACCUGCCCUGGAGGCCCAGGGCUCUACAUGACCGCCCCGUGCCCACCGCUGCUGCUGGUCGCAGCAGAGCCUGGGGAGGUCAAUGCCUUGAAGCACCUGGCCGUGGCUUCUGGCUGUCACCCGGCCGUCGCCACCGAGCUGAUCUGCGACUGGAUCAAGUCGAUGCUACCCAAGAGGUGCAAGCUGGAAUGCCUGGACGAUGUUAGGGCAUGCGGCCUGGACCUGUCCCAGCUCCAGCAGCUGGCGCUCUAG